UUUUUUUUUCUUUUUUAUGACAGAAAUUAUGAUGGAAACACUCCCUCCUGUAAAGCAAGAAAUGACAUCUUCUGCUGUAUCAUCAUCAACAACGUCACCAGCAACUGUUUCAAGAAAUAUCAAGACGCCUUCUCCUGUGCCAAAUUUAAAAAGCUCGAAAUCAGCACAUAAUGUUACUCAUAAAUUCAAGAAUGUCGUUUCAGCUACGGAAUGUGCUAAUUGUGGAACGACCACUACACCUCUGUGGCGAAGAGGCCCCAAUGGUGAAACUAUCUGUAAUGCAUGUGGUCUUUAUCUGAAAGCAAGAAAUGCAUUACGACCUCCUUCUUUGAAAAGAGCAGCCAACCGUAAGCAACCCAAAAAUACCAACCACAUGCCAUCCACCUCCCAUGCCAGUAGUGGUACCUCGUCUACGCUGAGUAUGAACAAUAAUAGUAAAACGACGACCACAACAACGACGACGACCACCACCGACCCUCUAACGGCAGGAACAGAGAUGACGAAUACGAAUGAUUGUGGUAGUGGCACUUGCCCUGGGAAUGGCCAAUGUAACGGCACAGGUGGAUCUUUGUCGUGUGCAGGUUGUCCAGCAUUCAAUCAACAUCAAGUCCAUCGACAAGCGUUAAUAUGUGCCAAUUGUAGAACCACCACCACACCGUUAUGGAGAAGAGAUGAACAGGGGAAUACUAUUUGUAAUGCUUGUGGUCUCUAUUAUAAGCUGCACAAUGUCCAUAGGCCCGUCAGCAUGAAAAGAAGUGUGAUCAAGAGAAGAAAAAGAAUCAUUGUUACUCAAACAAGUGACGAUGAUGAUAAUGACGAUGAUAAUACAUCGGUGACGACUGCUGCUACGGCCGCGACAAGCUCUACGACGAUGAGUGCUACUACUACGACUACUACUCGGCCUACUUCCCUGGAGAGUCAUCCCACUUUACAUGCUACUGGUGCUGAUACGAUCGAGGGUACAUCUGGACGGCUCCAUCAUCCCAUCCGACCGUUACCCAUCAAACGCAAUCACCACGCAAUGAUCAACAGACACAACCCUCGUUCGAUGGACGACAAAGUACCGGAAAUUGAAGAUGUCGUCAUUUCCAAAAAGCAGCACCCUACAGGCAUAGGAGGACCAUUGAAUGAUCGGUCCUCUCCUUUAUCUGAUAAGAUUAUCUCUCCUACCGCCGCUUCUCCAUCAUCACCCUCGGUUGCCACUGCUUCUUCUCCUUUAUUUUCAAAACCUUACCCUGAUGUAUCUCAACAGCCACAGCCACAGCCACAGCAGCAACAACAACAACAAAGCCAUAGUUUCUUACCACCUAUUUCUUCUGAACGACAGUAUUAUCGAUUAGAAUCAUUAUUCAGCAAUAAUAACAACAGUGAACAACAACAGCCUCUUCAUUCUCGUAGAGAAUCCUCUACCUCCAUUUCAUCGAGUCAAACAACUACCAAUAAUAACAACCUACCGCCCAUUUCAUUACCUCCUCUCACAUCGUCUCAAUCCCACCAUCAACUUCCCUCGAAUAUGAGCACCAGCACCGCCGCCACCACCACCACCACUGCUUCUACUACGACCUCUACUUCUUCCUCCGCCACCUCCUUACCUCCCUUAUCCUCCUUUGGCAAUCAUCAUCCUCCUAGCCAGCAAGUGAAAUCCAUCCUCUCAUCGCCACCCUCUCCCUCAUUACCCAUCGCGUUCCCCUCUUACAACACACCAUUACACCCACCACGACAAGCCCAAGUGCAAGAACUACUUCCCCCAUCGCAUUACAAUGAAAGGACAUAUGAACUAGAAGACUUUGAUCAUGCUCUUGACAAAUUAGAACAUUUGAGAAGACAAGUCAGACCAGAACAAGCUUAUGCUUUAUCUCAAUUAACUCGAUCUUUAGCUGAUUUAGCAGCAAAAGCCGAAGCCAUUUUAUCAUUGGAUUCAUUGGCUUUUGGACGAUAAGAUCAUUUUUUAUUCUACUACUAGAUGAAAACACACAUACACACACAAAAAAAAAAAAAACACAUACCAAAAAAAAAAAAA